CUCUUUCACACCGAAAUGUCGAUGCUGUCAAAUACUUUGAAUAAAAUGAAUAAAUUGUUAGAGCCAAAGUAUCGCUUGAGCGGGAAGACUUUCUACAUGCAAGAUCCAAUGCUUCUGGCGAUCGAAGAUCUCGCGUCCCUCGGCUUUCGAAUGGCCGAUCGUUUGUCUGGUUUUGACCUACAUCAUUCCAUAUUGGCGCUUUACGGACUUGCCAGAUUUCAUGCAGCCUCCAUAGCUCUAUGCGAGAAAGAACCAAAGCAAAAGGAAAUGUAUUUGAAAGGAACAUUUAACAAGCAACAAUCAUUAGAAAUGAAGGAUAUUUUCAUUAAGAGUACUAAAGGUUUAGCAGACGAGAUUGCACACUGGCCUGAAGUAAAAAAAUACUCGGAAAAAAUUGCCAAACUCUCCGAUCACAUAUAUCAAAUAGGAAUAAAUGCAACUAAGCUUUGUAAGGAGGAAUUUAAUGUUAUUACUCAUGGUGAUUUUCACGUGAACAAUAUGUUGUUCAGAUAUAACAAUGAUGCCAAACCUAUUGAUCAUAUUUUUAUAGACUUCCAAGUGUGCGUUUACGCAACGCCGGUACUCGAUUUAUUAUUUUUUCUCAAUACAAGUCCUUCCUUGGAUGUCAUGGAAAACAAGAAAAAUAUUCUAUUGAACGAAUAUCUUAGAACCUUGUCGGCGACUUUGAAGCAAUUGAAUUGCAAGACGCACCCGCCUACAAUGGAGGAACUGAAAGCUACCAUAAAACGAAAAGCUAACUAUGGAAUGAUAAUAUUCUUCAUCAUUUUACCGUUUAUGCUGUGCUGUAAGACUGAGGCGAAAGAUUUGGAUGAAUUAUUGAGCAGUGGUAUAAAUCCAGGUUUCAAAAGCGAGAUUUAUAGAAAGUUAAUGAUAAAAAGACUGCCACUGUAUGAUGAAUGGGGUUUAUUGGAUCUCUAAUGUACACAUACUUAAUCUUUAGUGAUAAAAAGUAAAAAUGGAAAG